AUGUUAAAUGAUGGUCAUAUUGAUUUUGGGGGCAUAAUAAAGGAUUAUGAGGGGGACAUUAUGGCUGCUACUGUCCUGCGAGUAAGGGGAGGCAAGAAGGUUGUUAUUUCUAAAGCUCUCGCUGCAAAACAUGCCCUUCAAAUAGCUAUUGAAGCGGGUCUUGCAAAAAUUGUGUUAGAAACAGACAACAUCAAGGUGUACAGACAUAUGAAGAACAACAUACAUAAGAAUACAAGUUUUGGUUUUAUAAUCAAAGAUAUUCUUGAGCUAGCUAAAAAUUUUAUUGAUGUUGUCUUUAGUCGUGUAAGCAGAAAUGGCAAUAAGGUGGCUUAUUGUCUUGCCAACCUCAGUAAAAAUUAUGACAGUCUGCGUGUAUGGAUUAAGGAAGCCCCCAUUGAGGCAAUGAACUUUGUACUAGUUGAGACUCGUUUGCUCAUUUGA